AUGAAAUAAUAUCAUGGUGUAAUUUGCAAUAAAUAGGAUCCUGAUGAAAAUUUAGAUCAUAUUAUUACUAGAUAAUAUCCAAUAAAAGCAAAUAAUAAUGGAAAGAAAUAUGAAUUGAAUUGGCCAAGAUUAAUUAAGAAAUAAGUUAAAUUAAUUUUUGAGAAUAGAGAAUUACUACAAUAAUAACUAAUAGAAAUUCAUUAGAACCAGAAUUUUAUGAAAGUUUAUAAUGAAUUAAUUAAAAUAAAUGACAAUAAUAAAAAGAAAAUGCAAACUAAAGAAAUAUUAAUAGAAUUGGUUGCAUAUAUUAAAUCCAUUCAAAAUCAAUAAUGA